AUGAAGUUUAGCAUUUCAGCAGCUUUCUUGCUCGUGGCCAGCGCAGCCGUCACCCUUGCACCUAGAGCCGUCGCCGAGCUCUCCAAGGUCUCCAGCCCUUCCGAACUCGUUGAGCGCGCUGGUGGUGCGCCCGAUGUGAUCAACGUCAACAUCAAGAAUCUCGAACCUGAGGAUCGCGUUUACGACGUGACUCGUCGCGUCUACUACCAAUCCAACCUCUACAAGGGAAGAAUUGCAGCGCAAACAAAGGAUGGCGCCAAGUUCAACGUCGAGAUCCCAGGCGUGUCCUCAAGCGGCAACGGUGCCCAACAGAUGGCCGGUCUGAGCUUGGACAGUCGCAAGGAUGCCAAAGCGCUUUACGCCGUCGCGAAGGAUGCUGGUGCAUUCCGAUUCGAUGGUAGCCAAAGCAAGACCGGACCUUGCUCUUUCCACAAAUUCAAUCUGCCCGUCGACGCCAGCUCCAAGCCCGCGUGGAGCGUGUAUUUCGACGAUGUUCAAAAGCAAUUCCAAGCUCAGAAUGGCGUCCGUCCAUUUGGCAACGUCGCUUCGGCUCAGGGCACCGACGGAAGCUCUUACGUCAUCUUUGCUCUCGGUGCCCCAGCCAUCGCAAAGGUGUCCGCGGAUGGCAAGACCGUCACCCCAUGGUACUACGAGGCUCCCAACGGCAGCCAGCGACCAGGCUUCACUGGCGUUACCUACGUUCCCGAGGGCAACCUCAUCGUCGCCUUUGGUGGUCCCCGUCCUCUCACUGCCUUCAAGCUGGACGGUAACCCUGCCAGGGGAGUCCCAAUCUUCACCCGCAUCAACGGCAACUUUGGCAGCUUGGACGGCACGGAGAAGAUCAAGACCUUCCCUUGUGAGUGAUGAAUGCUUGGACCUCGUAUGAUCGCAUUCUUCCCCACCAUGCUGACGUUGCGCCCCUCUCACGCACAGCGCUGAACGGCUCUGGUUCUCGCCUCGUCGGGGCCAAGACGCCCAACGUGUACGCCUUCACCUCGACGGACAACUACGCCUCGGCAUCCUUCAAGACCUUCUCUCGUCCUGAGAUUGCCUCUUCCGAGUACGGUCUCACCAGCAUCACAGAGGGCAUCUACGGUGGUAUCAGGAACCUGUAUGCGUCCGGCGCAUACUUUGGGAACGGUGCAAAGGGCGGAAGAACCAACUUUCCCAUGUACCACCUUGACGAUGCCAUCCUCAACUAG